AUGCAGCCACUGUUGUCAUCCUAUGGGAUCCUACCAUCUCAGGAGGGUACCAGUCCCAUCCCCCCUCCAGUGCGCAAUACGAUACACACCUACGCCCACCGCGAGGGAUUGGGAUACCGGCAACCAGAUACACCGAGACCGUUAAACCUUCUCCGCCGCUGGCGUCCAGUCAGUGCCAAGCGGCCUCUCGCCGCACGAGGGCCAAAACGGGACCGGGAGGAGCAGUCUCAGCCACCCUGGGAGACGGUUUUUAGCGAAGUGGACAUCGCCAGCUACGGAACAGUGGCAGAGUCGCCCCGAGACAGCCAACCGCAUCGCCUUCCCACUGGCCGCGACUAA